ACUCUCCUUCUCUGUUCUUAUUAAGGAAAAAAAAAAAAGCUAUCGCCAAAUCUGUGAUCAAAUCUAAAUCACUCCCAGUGGAGCUCCGAUUCGUCGCCAAAAGAAGUUCCCAAUUGAUCAUAAGCUCUUCACAAACACUCUAUACGAACACAAAAAAUCGAGUCUUUGUUCUAGUCAAAUUGAAAUCAACCCUCGUGAAUCACUUCUUCUUCUUCUUCUUCAUCUUGCUUUCGUCUCUGAAGAAUUGGGGAUCAAAUCAAUCGUGAUGGACUACGAAUCGUUUGAUAGCAGCGGAACAGAUGAUGAUCUGCCUCCAUCGCAUAGGGUUGCAAGAGGAGGGCGUGUGGCUGGUAAUGGAAGACCUUCGAGUCUUCCUCCAUCUUACCCUAAGAUGUAUGAUGAAGUUGCUGCUGAUAUGGCAGCUCAGAUUCACCAGAUGGAGAAGGAAGCAUACGUGUCUAUCCUAAGAGCCUUUAAAGCACAAGCAGAUGCCAUCACUUGGGAAAAGGAAAGUCUUAUAACUGAACUGCGUAAGGAGUUGAAAGUAUCCAAUGAGGAGCAUAGAGAGCUUCUCGGUCGUGUAAACGCUGAUGAUACAAUAAGAAGGAUAAGGGAAUGGAGACAAUCUGGAGGAAUGCAACCAACUAUGCGCAAUGCUGCUCAAGUGGUUCAUGAUACCUUGCCAACACCUUCUGUUUCAGCUUCUGUUAAGAAGCACAAGCCAAACCAGCCAAUACCUUCUCAACCCUUCGCUUCACCUUCUUUUCAUCCUCAAGCUGACCCCACUCACCAGUUUGCUUCAUCCACAGCUAAACGAGGAUCUGUUCCCAAUGUCAAGGGGAAAAAGCAUAAACCAGGUUUCCCUGGUUCUUCUUCUGCAAAACCCAUCUCAUACCAUCCUCCAGAUCAACCUUCACGAGGACAAGUCAUGAGCAGAUUGCCAUCUGGUCCUAGCAGUUCAACUGAACCCACAAACGGAACCGAACCUGAGUCUUUUGUAGGAAGGAAAGUUAGAACAAGGUGGCCAGAAGACAAUACAUUUUACGAGGCUGUCAUCACCAAGUACAAUCCAGUUGAGGGUCGCCAUGCUUUAGUUUAUGACAUUGGAACGCCUAACGAGACAUGGGAAUGGGUCAAUCUCUCAGAGAUAUCUCCUGGGGAUAUUGAGUGGAUAGGAGAGGAUCCUGGGGUUGGUAAUCUAUAUAGUUAUAACGGACAAGGCCAUGGUCUGAAUAGAACUACAGGACCCAAUAGUGUUCCACAACGGGGAAGCGGUUUGGCAAAGACCUCUAUCAAAAAAGAUUUCAGAACAGCACAGAAUGGAACUGGGAAAAGAAAAUAUCCCGAUAUACAAAUACGUCAAACCAAUGUCCUAAUUAGAGAGGUGGAAAGAGUUCUUGGUUCACACAAUCCAGAUCCUCAAGAAGUUGAAAGGGCUAAGAGAAUGUUGGAGGAGCAAGAGCAUGCGCUUGUGGGUGCAAUCGCAAAACUUGGAGAUAUAUCCGAUGGAGAAAAUGAAUCAAGCAAUUUUGCCAAGGCACAGUGCAAUCCGGUGCACGAGGAGCCAAUGAAGAAGAGAGCAUUUGUUGUGAUUUGA